AUGGAUGAUGAGUUGGAAGUGUCGAGAAGGAGAAGAUGCGAAAGUUUGCCAAGUCAGGUGACUGCUAGCCGCCCCAAGGGAGCGCACGGGCCACCACACCCCGGUAGCGGUAGCAACUUACUGCGGACAAAACAACGCUCAAAUUCAAGAACCAACCUAGCAACUUCGAAUACCUUUGCUCCUCAAUUCAUAAAAUCGGAAGAGCUACGAAGGGGCGCUGAUCAAAUCCGUGGGAUUGAGGGUGAUAACGACUUUUCGGGGAAAAGAUAUGUUUGGCUGAGUGACCCGGAGAAGGCUUUCAUCAAGGGGAUGGUUCUGGAUGACACACAGGAUGGACAUUUAUUAGUCCAAUGCGAUGACGGCAGUCAACGUGAGGUCGAUUCCGAGAGCGUCGAUAAAGUCAAUCCUGCAAAGUUCGACAGAGCAGACGAUAUGGCUGAGCUUACCCAUUUGAAUGAAGGCUCUGUCGUUCAUAAUUUGCUUACACGCUAUAAAUCAGACUUAAUAUAUACAUACUCAGGCCUCUUCCUGGUUACUGUUAAUCCUUACUGUCCACUGCCCAUCUACACAAACGAAUACGUGAAGAUGUAUAACGGUCGAUCACGGGAAGAAACACGUCCCCAUAUCUUUGCCAUGGCGGAUCAAGCAUUUCGAAAUCUUGUUGAAGAGGGGCGGAACCAGAGUAUUUUAGUCACCGGUGAGUCUGGAGCUGGCAAGACGGAAAACACAAAGAAGGUCAUCCAAUACCUUGCAACUGUUGCAUCUUCCCCAGAGGGUUCACAAGGCCGCUUGACCAGCAAACAAAAUUCCAACCUUUCCCAGCAAAUAUUAAGGGCGAAUCCAAUACUUGAAGCGUUCGGCAAUGCUCAAACUGUGAGAAAUAACAACUCAUCUCGCUUUGGAAAAUUCAUUCGAAUUGAAUUUUCACGGGCCGGUCAGAUAUCAGGGGCCUUCAUUGAUUUUUAUCUCUUGGAAAAAUCCCGUGUCGUGAAGGUUAAUUCUCAAGAGCGAAGCUAUCACAUAUUUUACCAACUUCUCCGUGGUGCAGACAAGGAAUUGAGGCACCAUCUCCAGCUAUCUGAGCAGGGUAUUGAGGAUUUUUGGUACAUACGUGAUGGGAACGACUCGAUUUCAGGUGUUUCCGAUCUUGACGAAUGGAAUAACCUUAUGGAAGCGUUCAGUAUCAUGAACUUUUCGGGUAACGAUCAAUUGUCCAUUCUGCGAACCGUGGCUGCAGUUAUGCAUCUGGGAAAUGUCACCGUGACCAAGGAAAGCCUGCGGGCAGACCAAGCGACACUGACACCUGAAGGUUAUGAAAGUGCUGCAAAAGCUUGUCAGCUUUUGGGCAUCCCGAUUGAUCCCUUUGUGAAGGGCCUGCUCCACCCAAAAGUAAAAGCUGGAAGGGAGUGGGUAGAGAAAGUUCAAACCCCUGAACAAGUACGACUUGCCCUCGAUGCGCUGGCAAAAGGUAUCUACGAAAGGGGAUUUGCAGAUCUCGUGAGUCGAAUCAACAAGCAACUAGAUCGCAGUGGGACAGCAGGGGAUGAUAGUUGCUUUAUCGGGGUUCUCGAUAUUGCAGGCUUCGAAAUUUUCGAGACCAAUAGCUUUGAACAACUCUGUAUAAAUUAUACCAACGAAAAGCUACAGCAGUUUUUCAACCACCACAUGUUCGUGCUGGAACAGGAGGAGUACGCUAGGGAGCAAAUCGAAUGGCAGUUCAUUGAUUUUGGAAAGGAUCUUCAACCCACCAUUGACCUUAUCGAACUUCCUAAUCCGAUCGGAAUAUUCUCUUGCUUGGAUGAAGAUUGCGUGAUGCCAAAAGCUACUGAUAAAUCAUUUACUGAAAAACUUCAUUCGUUGUGGGGCCGGAAAUCUCCAAAAUAUCGUUCUUCCCGACUAAACCAAGGAUUUAUCCUCACCCACUAUGCCGCUGAAGUCGAGUAUUCCACUGAGGGAUGGCUAGAGAAGAAUAAAGAUCCCCUCAACGAUAAUGUCACCCGACUAUUAUCUUCAUCAAGUGAUAAACACAUCGCCAACCUCUUUGCUGACUGGGCUGAAGUCGACGGAGAACAUGAAGUGUCAAAGAGCCGCGUAAAAAAAGGAUUAUUCCGCACUGUUGCCCAACGACACAAGGAGCAACUUUCGAGUCUCAUGGCUCAGCUACAUUCUACACAUCCUCAUUUUGUUCGUUGUAUCUUGCCCAAUCACAAAAAGAGACCCAAGCUAUUUGAUGGCCCUUUGGUACUGGAUCAACUCCGCUGCAAUGGUGUACUGGAAGGUAUUCGAAUUGCCCGUACCGGAUUUCCCAACCGCCUUUCGUUCACAGAGUUCCGACAGCGGUAUGAGGUUCUUUGUCCUCUGACGGCAAAAGGAUACCUUGACGGACAAAGCGCGGCUAGCCUUAUUGUUGAGAACCUGGGACUAGACAAGUCGCUAUAUCGUAUUGGUCUGACAAAGAUGUUUUUCAGAGCUGGUGUUCUUGCAGAGCUCGAAGAGCAAAGAGACACUCUAAUACGUGACAUCAUGACAAGAUUCCAGUCUGUUGUCAGAGGGUUUGUCCAGAGGCGCAUUGCAAACAAACGGUUGUACCGUACAGAAGCCACUCGUAUCAUCCAGCGUAACUUCCACGUCUACCUUGAUCUAAAAUCAUCCCCAUGGUGGACGUUGUUUGUACGGAUGAAGCCACUUCUUGGAGCAACACGAACUGCUGGGGAAGUGAAAAAACGCGACGAGCAAAUCAAACAACUUGAGGAGAAAGUACGAAAUGACAUUGUAGAGCGCCAAAAGUUAGAGGAGGAGCGCCGGAGGGCAGACGUAGAAGUGCAAAGGAUAAGGAAGACUCUCGAGAGUGAGCGCGCAUUGGCCUUGGAUAAAGAGGAAAUUUUCAAAAGACUCCAAUUUCGAGAGAUCGAGCUCAGCGAAAAGUUAGCCGGCGCAAUCGUUGAUCAAGAGGGCUUGGAGGAUCAGAUGGAUGAGUUGAUAGCAUCCAAAAAGAAAACUGAAGAGGAGCUGGAGCUUCGACGUUCGCAGCUUGAGCAAGCAGCGCAGAUAAUCAGCCGCCUUGAAUCUGAGAAGAAAGAACUCCAAGGACAAAUCACUGAACUUGAGAAACAGUUACAAGAUAUUGAGAAUAAUCACCAAAAGCGAGAUAGCGAGGUUGAUAGACUGUCUCAGGAAGUCAAGAUGCUUAAUAGCCACCUAAGCUUAAAGGAGAGGAAAUUACAAGAUCUCGAAGCUAAACUUCUCAAGUCAAACCAGAACCUGGACAUCAAGCUGGCGAAUGCGACCAAAGAACUCCAGUUUUCGAGGAAGCAAGUUAAAGAUCUUGUAGAAGAAAACAGAUCAAUUCGCCAACAGAUCUCCGAUCUAUCCUCCACAUCGACCGGGUAUGAAGAAUUAGUCAGACGAAAGGAGGGGGAGAUUUCCAUCCUUCGUGGAGAUGUGAAAAAGUUGGAGUCGGAGAAAAUAACCCUGGAAGCCGAAAAGCAGACUCUUACACGCCGACACAGUGACAUGCAACAACGACUCCGUGAGCUCCAGGCACAAACGGAUGCUAUGACGUCGGAAAAGAAGAACCUGGAACGCGAGGCUGCAGAUGUCAAGAAGCUAUUAGAAGCCAAGAUCUCCGAAGAUGCCGAGGCUGGGCAAUGUCGCAAAUUGCUUGAUCAACAAAUCAAGGAUCUCAAGGAGCAACUGAAUUUGACAUCCCUUAACGAAUCGAAGAUUACUAAUAGAGAAAAGAAAUGUAUAUCCCCCAUUGACACAUUACGGCGAGCUACUGAAGCGCGAGCAGCAGCUGAGGCAUCCUGUAAAGAGUUGCAGAAGGAACUCAUCAAUCUACGAGAACGCUUCACCAAGGUUGAGCGCGCGCAUUUGGAUGCCGAAACCGCAAUUGAAAAGAAAAUUGUAGCGCAAGCAAGUGAACGGCAAGCAAGUUUACGGCGAGACCUUACGGCAAAAUCCAACGAACUUGACGAAGUCGAAAAAGAACGUGCUCGCCUUGCUGCGCAGGUGCAGGACCUCACGCGAACCAUGGCCGAAUCCGAGGCCUUCCGGAUUCGCCAUGAUCAGCAUAAGGAGCGCCUGGAGCGCGAACUCGUGACAAUCAAGGGAAGGCUCGCUGCCUCGGAAAAUGACAACAGAGCCCUUCUUAACAAAAUCCAGCAGAAAAACCUUGACAUUGCUCGUUCAAAUUCUCGGGCUAGUGACACGCAACGAUCGAGGAUGGUGCAGAUCCAGAAUGAGAAGAGUCGGUUGGAGGAAGUGAACAAGCAGCUUUUACGACAGCUGGGCGAUGCCCAACUAUCCAUCACCGCACUUGAAAAACAAAAGGAAAAACUGGCUCUAAGCGUUGAAGAUCUCAACCAUGAGGUUACCAGAGAACAUAAGGCAACAAGAAGUGCGGAGAAAGCAUCAUCAGCAUCCAAUAUCCAGCUUGCUGAGGCCAAUAGAAACCUUGAAACCGAAAGGCAGCUGAGAAUCCAGGCCCAAGCCAACACGCGCAAACUUCAAGCUUCUGUUGAUCAAGCAAAUAAAGAACUUCAAGAUUGCCAUCAGCAGCUUAUACUUCUCCAUAAGGUAUUCAACCCUGAAGCUGAUGAAAACCCCAGUUCCUGGGAGGCGGUCAAACCGAACUUGUCCAAGAGUGUGGAUAUGGCAGCAGUGUUGGAGUCAGUACAAAACAAGCUUAGAGUUACUGAAGAGAAAUGCGCUCGCGCUGAAAGCCAACUAGCUGAAAUGCGUCGACGCCACGCGGAUGAAAUGGCUGAGCUUGAUGCUCGUUAUUCCUCUUCCAAACGGGCACUUCUUGAAGAGAUCGAUCAAAAUCAAGUUGCAGUGUCGCGUUCGCCGAAUCACUUCAAGAAGAAUUCCGAUCCUGUCAAGCGCUAUUCAAACCCCUGCACACCAAACAAUCGCCGAUUUAAUUUCAAUGAUGGCGCCAAUGAUUCUGGUCGAUCUGAUAGAACUGUGGACACUGUGGCUUUUCAGAAGCGAAUGGAUACUGCUGCUGAAAUCGGAAUGCUUCAAAAUCAACUUCAGCUCACUGAGAUGCAGAAUCGGCAACUCCAAAGUCAGCUUGAGAGGUCAAGCCCGGGACGGGAUUCGUGGCAAGAUGAGAGCCCUUCGAUCCGACGAAUGCAGCUGCUUGAGCGUGAAAAUGGACGUCUUCACGAAAAGCUUGACGACUCCGCGAAGAAAGUGUCAGCUCUGGAACGUAGUAUUCAAUCUGGAGAGUUAACCCUCCGAGAUGUCCAAGCCAGAUCUCAUGAAGAACUCUACGACCUGCUCAACUCUCAGGAACAGUCAAGAAAAUCGCUUCUGCACGCUCAUAAGAGUGCGCUGGCCGAUCUAACAGACGCAAAAGGCCAGUUGGACAAGAUCAAGCAUUCAAGGGUAAGCCUUGAAGUCGAGCUACGGGAUGCUACUUCCGAGUUGAAAGAAUUGCAGCUUGCCAGGGAUCAAGAUGCGGCCGGUCGGUCUCAAUUGCUCCAGGAGUUUGCAGACCUCCAAAUUAGAUUGGAUGCUGAAACUUCCAAAGUCAGCGACUUGACCUCCAGCCUCGAGCUCUACAAGGGUCGCGCCGAUGAAUACUUUGGAAAGCUUGAACAGGCUGAAAUCGCUGUCUUGAAAGCUAGUCGCGCCGAACAGUUUGCCAAAGCGCAAGCCAAGGAGGCAGAAGAUACAUGCGCAACCAUUAUGGCAGAACGGAAACAAAUGGAUAGCCUAAUUGAAGAUUUACAACGCCAGACACAAUCCUAUGAAGAAAAGGUCGAAGAUCUCGCUGCUGAUCUGGACGCGGCAUUACAAGCAAAGAGGAGGCUACAAAAUGAAUUAGAAGAUUAUAGAAGCCAACGCGCCAUGGACAUCGAAGACAAGGAAAUUUCCUUAGAGCAAACAAGGAAGAAAUAUCAGAUGGAAUUCUCAACUUUGACCAAUGAACUCGAGAUCGAGCAUGAUAUUUCCAAUGAGCGUGAUGCACUGCUUAAAGAGAAGAGGACUCUUGAAGAGCGCCUUAAUGAAGCGUCAGAUCGCUUGGCUGAACUUGCACAAGGAGAAAAUCCUUCUGUUCGCAAUGCUGCUGAGAUAGAUCGGGAACUCCUUGAAUUAAGAACUAAACUUGCUCAGCAGGAAGACUUGUCUUCAGCCGCUGUUGGAAAGAUGAGGCGAGCAGAAGCCCUGGCAACUGAAAUACAGAAGGAAAUUGUUGCUGAACGUGAAUCAAAUGCUCAGCUCUUCAAGGAAAAGGCGGCCCUGGAGAAGCAGCUGAAGGAGGCACAGUUGAAGUGCGUUGAUUUGGAAACUAAGGGCUACACUUCUCCUAGUCAGGAUGUGAGAUUUUUGCAUAAACGUAUCCAAGAGCUCGAAACCCAGUUGGAUGAACAAGAAUCCAAGCGAAAUGCUGAUCAACGAUCAAUCCGCAAUGUUGAUCGCACUGUCAAGGACCUUCAAUCUCAGAUCGACCGCCGUGACAAAAUGAAUGCUCAAUUAUCUGAGGAUAUUUCCAAGUCCCGUGACAAGAUCGAACGGCUCCUCAAGACCGUUGAAGAGCUUCAGUCAAGCGAUUCUGAAAACCAACUCCAGGCACGACGAGCCGAAAGGGAACUACGUGAAGAGAGAGAGAAAUCUCUACGACUUGAGCGAGAGCUAGAGGCCUGGAAAGGUUUGCGGGUGGAGAGAGGCAGUGCAACUGGUCGCAGCGGGACUGUGAUUGGAUUGAGUGAAGUGGGUGAUCGAUUCGGUGGUGUCAAUGCCCGCAACAGCGAAAAGGCGCAGUCUAUGCUUUUCCGCUUCCGCGCUGCGCAAGCCGCUGAUCUCGGAAUCCUCGACAUAGGACGUACCCGCCGCCCCAAGGCCAUCACAUCCGUCACUUCGAUUCCCGUAUGCGAGAAAUGGCGGGGACAAGUGCUCAAAGAAAUAUCGCGCAAAGUCUCGCGCAUCCAGGAUCAAAGCUUGAGUGACUACCAAAUCCGCGACUUGAAUGAUGAGAUCAAUAAAGCGAUGAGAGAGAAGUGGAUGUGGGAAGUGCAGAUACGAAACCUUGGAGGACCGAAUUAUACGCGUGGUGGCGGGAGGGUAUAUGAUGAUGAUGGUAGGGAAAUACCGGGCGGCGGGAAGGGCUAUAGGUAUUUUGGAAGGGCCAAAGAGUUGCCAGGUGUCAAGGAGAUGUUCGAGGCUGCCGCGAAGAAGCAAAGUAGGAGAGGUAAAGAGGAGGAUACCGAUGGUGGGGGGAGAGUGGUUGAUAUAUCCCGGAGACACGUCGAUGCUGCGUAUUUUGGAUAUGGCUUGGAUGAAGAGGAUGGGACGCUGUUAGAAUAUGAAUCGCAGAAGGAAAAAGAAGCUUUCGAGAAUAUGCUGAAGAGAGGCGAGGAUGAGGCAGCUGACGGGUGGGCGCCUCUUCCGGGAGAUGCUGGGGAUGGUGUCGAGUGGAGGCUGCCGACUCUCGAAGAGGUCCAAGAGGAGUUGGUGGAUAGACGGCGGCGGAGAUUACUUGACAAAAUCCUUUGA